GGCAGAUCGGGAGCGGCGCAGAGAAAUUUCCUUACUAGAUGACAUUUCAUCGCAAUGUCCGAUCGUUUGGGGCAAAUAACCAAGGGAAAGGAUGGGAAAAGCAAGUACUCGACUCUCAGCCUGUUUGAUAAGUAUAAAGGAAAGUCAAUAGAAGCUAUCAGAACUACAGUUAUUCCUAGACAUGGCUUACAGAGUCUUGGGAAAGUUGCUGCUGCCCGGCGCAUGCCACCUCCUGCAAACUUGCCUAGCUUGAAGUCUGAGAACAAAGGAAACGACCCCAACAUCAUUAUAGUACCCAAGGACGGUACAGGAUGGGCAAACAAGCAGGAUCAGCCAGACCAAAAGAGUUCCAGUGCGACAGCUGCACAGCUGCAGGAGUCGCUGCCGCAGCAGGGUUUGCAGAAAUCUGUCUCCAAUUUACAGAAGCCGACACAGUCAAUCAGUCAGGAGAGUACAAAUUCAGUGCCAGGUGGACCAAAGUCAUGGGCACAGCUGAAUGGAAAGCCAGCAGGACAAGAAGGUGGUUCAAGGGCCUCAAGCCGACUGUUAUCCUUCUCUCCCGAGGAAUUUCCGACGCUGAAAGCAGCUGGCGAGCAGGACAAGGUUGGCAAAGAAAAGGGCGCCUUAGAUCUGUCGUAUGGGCCAGGACCAAGCCUCCGCCCCCAGAAUGUCACCAGUUGGAGGGAGGGCGGUGGGAGGAACAUAACCUCUGCCACAUCUCUGACCGCCUCCCCUGCUGAGCUGGGCAGCAAGACCUCUAGCACUGGAGAUGGAGCCCCCUCCUCAGUGAGCGCCAGCGAUCUGAAGGAGCCGUCUCUCCGCCCAGCUCAGCCUGUCCGCAAAGGGGCUUCACAGUUCAUGGGAAAUGUCUACCAACCACCUACAUACCAUGACAUGCUACCUGCUUUUAUGUGUCCACAACAGCCAUCUGAGACCCCCGCACCGCUGGACCGAGGGUCUUUCCCCCUUCCUCAGCUUCGACUUGAGCCCCGGGUACCUUUCAGACAGUGCCAGAUGAAUGACCCAGAUGGAAAAGAGAACAGGCUCAGUCUGUCUCGCCCAACACGUCCAGUUCGACAGCAAGUAGAGAGGGCACCUCGGCCCACCAUCAUCAAUGCAGAGAACCUAAAGGGGCUGGAUGAACUAGACACUGACGCAGAUGAUGGAUGGGCAGGCAUUCAUGAUGAAGUGGAUUAUUCUGAGAAAUUGAAGUUUAGUGAAGAUGAAGAAGAGGAAGAAACUCUUAAAGAUGGACGACAGAAGUGGAACAGCUGGGAUCCCAGAAGGCAGCGACAGUUGUCCCUGAGCUCUGCAGACAGUGCAGAUGUCAAACACACCUCGGAGGAAGGAAAGAAUUGGGGUGACUCAGUUGGCUUGUCCCGGUCAGUCCGGAAAGUGCAGGAUUCACAGCAGCCUCCAAGGAAGCUGAAUGGGUGGAGCUCUGCGUCUGAAUACCAGAAGCCCACACUGGGAAGUACUCUCAGACAGCAGUCCCUCGAGGAUAAAGAAGAAAAGGUGCCACUGAGACAGAAGUUUGUGCACUCUGAGAUCUCCGAGGCUGUUGAGAGAGCCAGGAGGCGGCGGGAGGAGGAGGAGCGGCGAGCCAGGGAGGAGCGGCUGGCAGCCUGUGCUGCAAAGCUGAAGCAACUUGAUCAGAAAUGCAAACUGGCCCAGAAGAGUGGGGAGACCCAGAAACACACAGAGAAUGAAGACCUGCGACCCCCAAGCACAGAGAAGAAUGCUGUGCAAGAAAAUGGUCAUGCUUUCCGUAGAGCAACGCCUGAGUUUCACACACAGGAUGUCUCUGGCUAUCUGGAAGAGGAGACUCCUGCCCCAGCAGCAGCAGCCCAAAGCAGCAGUGAGGAGGAGCUUAGAGAAGCUGCCUCCCCAGCACAAGAAUUCAGCAAAUACCAGAAGUCUCUUCCCCCACGAUUCCAGAGGCAGCAGCAACAGCAGCAGGAGCAGCUGUACAAGAUGCAGCACUGGCAGCAGCAGCAGCAAGUCUACCCUCCCCCAUCCCAUUCCCAUCCCCAACGGACGUUCUACCCGCCGCAUCCCCAGAUGCUUGGCUUUGAUCCUCGCUGGAUGAUGAUGCCCUCUUACAUGGACCCUCGCAUGGCCCAGAGUCGCACUCCUGUGGAUUUCUACCCUUCAGCCCUUCACCCUUCAGGAAUUAUGAAGCCCAUGAUUCAGCAGAAAUGUCGGUCUGAAGAUCAGAACAGUCAGGCGGGGCAGGCAGAAAGGAAAACUGCUCCCUUGGACCCUGUGCCAGUGUGGGGCCAGGAGAGCUACGCGUCUCUGCAGAGCAAAGGGUACCCCCUGUCACAUCAAAAACAGGCUGACAACGUGACUGUGGAGGGGCUGCAUGCCAGGAAUGACAGUUACUCGGCUUCUCCUGGAAGGCCGGAGAGUCUGAGCACCCAGCGAGAUCUCUUUGAGGAGAGAGGGGAGGAGUACUUGAAUGCUUUCGACAAGAAGGCCCAAGCAGACUUUGACAGCUGCCUGUCUUCUCAGAGGAUUGGACAAGAUCUCCUGUUUCAGCAUCAGGAGACCGUGCAGGAAACCUGUCCGGCUGGCAACCGCCAUGCAAACUUGAGGUGUUCGCCCCUGGAGCCUGAUUUUAUCCAAGCAGAGAAGAAGCCUGAAUAUAAUGGCUGGGAUAUCAGCCACCAUCAGAAACCUGCAGAGGCUGCAGCGGAAGUUGCUGAAGAAGUGUCCAGGGAUGAGCAGUCAUUCAGUGCUGACCCAUGGAAGAAAGAAGGAGCUAAUACCAAACAGCCCACUGAAGAAACAACAGAGUGGGCUCCUGAGAACCGGAACACCAGUGGUCAGCACCAGGAGCAAAUGGGGAGGUCGCGGCGAUCAGGCCCAAUUAAAAAACCAGUGCUGAAAGCCCUCAAGGUGGAAGAGAAGGAGAAGGAGAUGGAGAAGGUUAAACUGGAGGGAGAGGACACCUCGCACCCACUGAAGGAGAAGGCAGCUGUUCAGAAAGCAGAAAAUGAGUCAGAUGAUUCUGCAUCCUUACUGAACUCCACACGUUACUUGCUAGAUGAGAAAGGUUCUUCCCAAGCCAGUCUUGCCCGAGAGGCUGAGAAAUCCCAAGAGGAAGAGGAGGAGGAAGAGAAGCCAGAAAGAACCUGGGAGAACAAACUAUCCAGAGAGUCUGGUGAUCUCCCUCCCACAAAAAGAAACAACUGGAUCUUCAUUGAUGAGGAACAAGCCUUUGGUGGGAGAGGUCAAGGGCGUGGGCGAGGGAGAGGCUUCAGAGAGUUCACUUUCAGAGGCCGAGGCACUGUUGUGGGCAACCGGGGAGUCUAUAACAACCAGCGGAGCAGCCGAGGGCGAGGGAUUCGGGAGUUCAGCCAGCCGGAGGACUUCCCCAGAGGCAAGCCAAGGCGCCGGAUUGCAAGUGAGACACACAGUGAAGGGUCAGAAUAUGAGGAGCUCCCCAAGCGGCGCCGGCAGAGGGGCUCGGAAAACAGCAAUGAAGGCUCUGUGCUGGACAGGGAGGACAGUGAUUUGAAAAAGGGAGACUUCAAAGAGUCUUGGAGGUCCAACAAAAUCUAUUCAGAUGAUCACAGUAGUCUGGAUCCUAAGAUGAGGGCUCCAAGAGCUUUUGGGAGAUCACUGCCACCAAGACUGAGCAACUCUGGCUAUGGGCGAAGGGGUUUCAUGGGGAAGGAGCCCACCCAGUGGCAAGGCAGGAGUGGGGGAGCAGGGUGGCAGGAGUACAGCCACACCUCUCCAUCGGAUACUUUUGGGAGCAGGCAGCAGUCUGACAGGGACUACAUUCAGGAUUCUUAUAAACACGUGGAUUCCUUCUCCAGCCGGGUUUUUGAUGAGAGUCAUCUGGAUGACAAAAGGCCCUUUUUCCAGGAGGAUUACUUGGCAGAUCAGGAGAACAUAGAGAACAGGCCAUUCAGAAGGCGGCGUCCCCCCCGCCAAGACAAGCCCCCACGAUUCAGGCGCCUCAGGCAAGAGAGGGAAUCGGUUGGCCAGUGGAACCCUGAGGAUGGAGGCCCCAACCUGCUGCCUAGCCAGUGGCCUGGAAGAUCCAAGCUGACCACUGCAGAGAAGAGCAGCAUCUCAGGCAGACGGUCUCCUGAGCUGUCCUACCAGAACUCAUCGGACCAUGCCAACGAGGAGUGGGAGACAGCAUCUGAAAGCAGUGACUUCAGCGAGCGGCGGGAGAGGCGAGAUGGAGUUUCCGAGAGCGAAGGCCAGCUGGAAGGUGGCCUCGGGAGUGGGAGCGUGGGAGAGAAGAGGGAGCUGGCGAAGAGGAGCUUCUCAAGCCAGAGGCCGCUUGUUGACAGGCAGAGCCGCAAGGCCGAGCCAGCAGGGUUUGUGGAGCAGUCUGUCAGGACUGGUGUAGGAGCAGCUUCCAGAUAUGAGAGCCAGCAGAAUGGGACCCUGAUAAAAAGCAAAAGAUCUCCAGAAGAAGGAGGGGGCCUUGGCAACACCAGUGGUGGGAGCAGCCACUCCAUUUACAGCUUGGAUAGGGCUUCCCAUGCCAACUUGGAAAGUGCUGAGGGGCUAGGUAAAAAGCUAGAGAAGGAGCCCAAAUCCACCGCGCAAAGAGCAAGCGAGAAGGGAGAGGCCUUGUCACAGUUUGAACUGAGUUAUGGAAGUACCAUCAUCGAUAAUCGGGUGUCAAACACAGCAGAAGAGAAUGAAGUAGGUUCUAUGGCAGGUGAAGGCUUCAUUGAGGUUCUUACUAAAAAGCAGCGCCGUUUGCUGGAAGAGGAGCGAAGGAAGAAGGAACAGGCUGCUCAGGCACCAGCUAAGGCCCGCGUCCUUCAGUCUCGCAUUCCUCCUCGAUUUGCUAAGAAGCAGAACAGCUUGUGCUUGGAGCAAAGCGAUGUAACAGUUUCUGGAAACAGCCUGGGCACAGAGAUCUGGGAGAGCAACAGCCCAGCUCUUUCUGUUCAGUCUCCUGGCAGUGAUUCCUGGAGCAAGCCUGUAAAUACUUUUAACAGUACUGAAUCCAGCACCACUGAGCAGGGUUUUAAAGGCAGCCAGGGGGAUAGUGGCAUUGACUUGAGCGCAGAGUCUCGGGAAUCCUCCGCUACCUCCUCUCAGCGCAGUUCUCCAUAUGGCACCCUCAAACCAGAGGAGAUGAAUGGGGCUGGCCUGGUGGACCCAAAGCCUGACUGCCAGAAGGAGCAAGUGCAGAAGCAGUCUGAUAAAAAGGAUUCAGAUCAAGGCUCAGGACAGAACAAGGAACACAAGCCUGGACCAAUCGGCAACGAACGCUCCCUGAAAAACAGAAAGGGUUCGGAGGGAACGGAACGGCUGGAAGGGAAUAUUCCCCCUGUUAAUGGGGUGGAAAUUCACGUGGAUUCUGUACUUCCUGUGCCACCCAUUGAAUUUGGAGUAAAUCCUAAAGACUCUGACUUCAGCUUGCCACCUGGUUCUGCCUCUGGCACUGCAGCUAACUCUGUUACCAAAUUGCAGGAUGCCUUGGCCAGUAAUGCAGGGUUAGCGCAGUCCAUUCCCAUUCUGCGAAGAGAUCAUCACCUCCAGCGGUGCAUUGGCCUGAACCCAAUGUCCUUCCCCACUGCAGACCUUACUCUUAAGAUGGAGUCUGCUCGUAAAGCUUGGGAAAACUCUCCUAGUUUACCAGAACAGAACUCCCCAGGAGGCGCAGGCUCAGGCAUCCAGCCUCCUUCCAGUGUUGGAGCUUCCAAUGGUGUCAGCUACAGCUCUUUUGGUGGAGUUUCUAUGCCUCCUAUGCCUGUGGCGUCCGUAGCACCUUCUGCAUCUAUUCCAGGUAACCAUAUUCCACCCCUCUAUCUGGAUGGCCAUGUGUUUGCAAGUCAGCCCCGCCUGGUCCCUCAGACGAUACCUCAGCAGCAGAGCUACCAACAGGCUGCUGCUGCUCAACAGAUUCCCAUUUCUCUCCACACAUCCUUACAGGCCCAAGCUCAGCUUGGGCUGAGGGGUGGUCUGCCUGUUUCCCAGUCCCAGGAGAUGUACAGCUCCAUACAGCCCUUCAGGUCUCAAGUGUAUAUGCACCCCAGUCUGUCUCAGCCCAGCACCAUGGUCCUGACAGGAGGCACUGCUAUGAAGCCUCCGUAUUCUGCCUUCCCGGGCAUGCAGCCCUUGGAGGUGGUGAAAACCCAGUCCGGGUCCCCCUAUCAGCCCAUGAAUGGAAGCCAGACACUGGUUUAUGAAGGCCAGAUAAACCAGGCAGCUGGUAUGGGAGCCUCCCAGAUGAUGGAUUCUCAGCUUACACAGUUAACAAUGCCUGUGCCUGGCUCCCAGCUUCCUCUGCCCCGCUACGGCUCUGGCCAGCAGCCCCUGAUUCUACCACAGUCCAUCCAGCUUCCUCAGGGGCAAAACCUGCCUGUAGGAGCUCCCCGAAGAAUCCUCCCUCCUGGAUCCCAGCCUUCUGUUCUUGCUACCAGCAGGGAGUCCUCCCAAAUGGAAAUGAAAGGGUUUCAUUUCUCCGAUGGUAAACCGAAUAUGUCCUCUGGAGGGUCUGUACCAUCACCACACACGUACAGGCCUAGCUCUGCCAGCCCAAGCGGGAAGCCAUCUGGACCAGCAGUUAAUAUGGGCUCUGUGCAAGGACACUAUGUACAACAGGCAAAGCAGCGGGUGGAUGAAAAUAAAGCCAAUCUGGGAGCAGUAAAGCUGCAAGAAACAGCCUCCACAAACCAGAUGAAGCCAGUGCGCACGGGAGCGAUUAAACCUCAGGCAGUCAAAGUGGAGGAAAGCAAGGCCUAGGAGUACAUCCGAUGCCCAGCUGGUCCUGUUGCCCGAGAGGCACUGCAGCUUAGACUGGACCCCACUGGAUCUCCUGAAAAUCACACCAGAUCUGCUUCCUGCCCCACAUUGACUGACUACAGUGACAUCAUCCAAGCCCCUCUCCCAACAAAGCAGUUUGAAACAGUGGAUAUGACAUUGACCUGCUUGCUUUAAAACAAACCAACCAUGUGACUUAAGUG